UCCGAAGGUGGGGUGGCAAAUCUGUGAAUAAGUCAUAAGGCGGAUGGUGAAAGAAAACUCUGUCUCGUUGAGGCCCAAUUUAUGAGAGCGAGGGCUCACUCGCUAGACUCCAGAAGGGUUUUCGUUCAGUGCUUUUCUUCCAAUGGCGGAGACCGAGAGAAGGGGAGAAGGACGGAACGAGCAGGCGGAGAGGAGGACGAAGAAGAGGAGCAGGAGGCGGCGGGAGGGAGGGAAAGAGGUAGUGGUGGCGGCGGCGGCGGUUGGGGAGGAGGGGAAGGGGGCGUCGACGGAUCCGCUGGUAGUCCUGGGGCCGGACAUAAUGACGAAGAUGUUGGAAUUCUUGGACGCACGCAGCGUGGCACGGUCAAUCGUUGUUUCUCCCCGAUGGCACGAGAUUGCCACCAGCGACCGUCUCUGGGCCGCAAAGUGUGAGGAAUUGUGGAAGGGAAAGGCACACAUUCCUCACAUGUCAAAGGGGCGAGGAUUAUCAAGGCUUGCGGCUUAUUCUCUAUCCAUCAUGGAUGGCAAACGAACAGCUCCAGAAUAUUGGCGGAACCUGGACCCUUCAUGGAAGGGAACUGGUCCACCAAUGCGCCGCUACUUCCACCCCAAUGGCUCCCAGACAGCUGAUCCCAAUGACAAAGUGUGGGGUGGUCAUGAAUGUACAUUUUCAAUCAUUACUAGCUACAUUGGUAAGGGGCAAAUCAGGAACCACUACGUGAGGAUCAACAGGUGGCCUCCAAUGACUGUUUCGAGGAGGGAAGACUGGAGCUGGGAGAUGGCAAACCACCUGUAUUGCUACAACAGUGUUCCUGAUGCUGAGAAAGAAGGUGGCACUGGUCCACUCUUUCCAGUCUGGUAAGUUGACAAAGUUGUACAACCACCACCGCUGCUGCUGCAUCCCUGAAGUCUGGAUGAAAAGGUUUUGUGAUACCUAUCUGACUUCUUGUUCGUCAAAGUAGGCUUGCCAGUGUUUUUUUGUAUAUACUAUGCUGAAUAAUCAUUUGGGCUUGUCGAACUUUCCUAUGUAUGAUAGUACAAAACAAAUGAUCCCUUUAUACUUGCAUUGCUAUUUCAAGCCUAAUAUGUUGUAAUGCUGGUUUCCAAAAUCUUUGGGCGAUUGGUGUUUCUUAGUUGUUGUUGCUGGUAGAGCUCUCAGGGAAAAGAACUCCUGGACUUGAUUGUAUUCUGGCCUAACCAAGCCUACACUUGAUUGUCUAUUGAUGACCUUAUUGAGGUCAAAGAGAGAUUUCUAAUGAGUGGAAAUCUAGUGAGGGAAUUCUACAAA